GCAGGCAGUCCUGCUUGCUGUUUCUUUUGCACGGGCUUUUUGGUUUGCUAUGUUCUCGGCAUGAGCUUUCCGCGGUUUUCACUUUGUCCUCGUUUUCGGACUUCGCGUGUGACGGUCUUCUAAACGCUAGGGCCCCCGCGUCUUUCCUGGGGGAAGAGCCUCGCCGGCUUCCUGCGCUGGGGACCAUGUCGGAGAUUCGGAGCUACGGGGAGAAGAAAGAGAUGCUGCUGGAAGGCGGCGGCGGCGGCGGGGCGUACCUGGAAGAAGGACAGUGCGACUCGGGUAUCGAUUUUAUCCGUUCCCUGAAUGGCCAGCCUGGAGAAGCAGAGCCCCGGUCCCCGGCUGCCGGAAGGAUCCCGCUGGAUAAAAUCCCUGGAUCUCCCAGUCAAGGCAAAGAGGAACCGGCAGACGAAAGACUUGAUUCGAGUUACGGCUCUUCCUCUAUUGUGGAGUCCUUAACUGGGCUGCAAGGGGAGCCUAACCUUGAGAAGGAAGAGGAAGAGGAGGAGAGGCUCAGGCAGCAGCUGCUGGAGAUCCUUGCUUUCCUAUCCGAGGACGGAGACACGUUACUACACCUGGCAAUCAUCCACUGUAUGCCAUCUAUCGCAUUCUACUGCAUUGCCCAAAUGCCCGUGGAGGAUUUGGAAUUCCAGAAUGAUUUGUUCCAAACUCCGCUUCACUUGUCUGUGUAUUUGGAGCAGUUUGAAGUGGUGAAAGCACUAAUUCUGAAAGGGGUGAACACGACACUGCAGGACCGGAAUGGAAAUACUGCUCUGCACUUGGCCUGUGAGCAGCAGAGUCUGGAAUGUGUUAAGCUGUUGCUGCCUCUGAAAAAACCGGUCUCUGAGAUGCAGACUAGAAAAACUGUACAAGAUCUGCAGCUCCAGAAUUGGCAAGGCUUAACAUGUCUUCACAUCAGCACCUUGAAAGGGAACCUUCAACUGAUGGCAUUGCUGGUGCAGAAUGGAGCUGACAUUAAUGUGCAGGAUGGCACAAGUGGAAAGACACCCCUACAUCUGGCAGUGGAGAAUCACGAUGAGAUGGCUGUGAGGCACCUCCUGCAAUUGGGGGCCCAGGUGGAUUCGCAGAUGUAUAAUGACUGCACCCCACUGCACCUGGCUGUAGGCAGGAACGAUGCUGUCAUUGCUGCAAUACUGUGCGAUUCGGGAGCAGAUACCCUAUUGCGGAAUAUGGAAAAUGAGACAGCUCAAGAUCUGGCAGAUGGCAAUGAUGAUAUCCUUUUGCCUUUUGAUGACCUGAAGAUCUCCGGAAAGCCUGUGAUGUGCUCGAGUCGAACAUCCUAACGUCCAAAUGGGAAAGUUAACCAUGUGAGGAGUAUAACAUUGCUGCUUGAGGCUGACAGUGACACAGCUGGCCACCAAUGAAGCAUUUUCUUUGUUGUAAUAUGAGCCUUGGGACAACCACAGCCACUUUUUUUGAAACUAUAGAGCCAGUGUGGGAAAGGAAAACUGUGUAUGUUGACUUUAAAUCCUGAAUGAGAAUGUGGAAAUGCUGCCUCUUUGAAGAGACACGGGUUUGGAUAGACUGGGCCCAUGCUUGCUCUCCCUGGUUUAUCUAAAUUGGAGAAACUCCUUAAGAGUUAUGUUCCAGACCAUAUUGAGAAUAAAUAUUUCAGAUUUUACUCUUUUUCCUUUUCUUCUGUUGCCUAGACUAUGAUGAAACGUGCCAGGAGUUCUCUUUGUGUCUACCAAAAUAAUUUCUUUUAAAGGUAUUUUUUCCUGAACAAAAUGCAAUUUCUGUACUCUUUAGCCCACUCUGCUUUCUUCCCUAGCUAAAUCAGCCUCCACCGUUGCUCAGGAUCCUAGCUACAGUGACUAGACACCAGAUUGCCUCACUUCUCCCUUUAGCUCUGAUUUUGCCUCCCAUGAAGACAGGACAGAGUUGUCAAGACCACCAUGUUGUGUUGUUCCAGCCGGCAGCCUCUGGGAUUGACAAAACAUGAAGAUUAAGCACAUGGGGACAAGUAGAGCCUUGUGUGAACUGCUCCAAUCUUGAUUGUAGAAAAUAUGACUUCAGUAACAGAGUUGUUAAUACCUGGAAUGCAUUACCUGACUCUGUGGUCUCUUCCCAAAUUCCCCGAAGCUUUAACCAAAGAUUAGCUACUGUUGACCUCACCCCAUUCCUAAGAGGUCUGUAAGGGGCAUGCAUAAGAGCACCAGAGUGCCUACCGUUCCUGUCCUAAUGUUCCCUUCGAUUGUAUCCAAAUCAUAUGGCUAUUUCAUGCUUAUACUUAUAUAUACUGUUGUGUUUGACAAAUAAAUAAAUAAAUAAAAAAUAAUCACUUAUUCCUUGGAAUAAUCAGAGCGAGAGCAUAGGUCAGUUUCUGUUCUAUUCAAUUUGCUAGUAUUACUGUAAAGGGAAGUGCCAACUUCUUAGAUUUUUACUUAGGUAGCUUUAUGCUGGGCACUUGACCUUGCAACUUUGGAACUGUGUCUGUAGUUAAAUUUACUGAGUAAGGGAGAGUCUGCCACCCUUCCUUAGAGACUGAAAGUUCCUAUAUAUCUCCUCCUUUCUUUUGAACAUAAGCUGCAAAAGAGAUGUUAGUGACUGGCAUUUGGCCAUUUUUUCCACUUUUAAUUGAUGGGAGAAGGAUGAUCAUAAAUCAGAAUUGUUUCCACAUUCUUAAGCUUAGCAUUUAGUUGUCUUCAGUUUACGACUGGAUAAACUAGCAUUAAUCCAUGGCUGCUUAAGUUUUUUUCUGCAUUUUAAACAGGCAGCUAAGGUAUCACGAUCAUGAAAGGACUGAAGAACCACUGUGGAUUGGAAAGGCGCAACCUGUCAGAUCUAAGCAUUUGUUGGGAGGCAGCACUGCCCUUGCUGAUUGUGGUCUCCAGUCUGAUAAUGCUUACUUUACCAUAGAUCAUGCGUUUAGUGGGAAAAAUCAUUGGGGCCAUCAAAUCAAAGAGAUAGAGUUUCUAAUAUAUAAACUUUAAUCUGGAGCAGGGAAAUUCCCAGUUCCCUCCCUCCUACUGUUUGCUGCUUGGGAGUGGCUGUCUGUAACUGUGGCAAAUCCUGGAUGGCGCAAUGAACUGGGAUGUCCCAGGGAGAGGCUCUGGGUUUUCCUUUUUUCCCGUUUUCCAGAGAAGAAACUACUUCCAAAAAGAAACGGCAGUUUUGCAAAACAUUUUUUACCAGAGAGGUCCUUGAUUUUUAAAUCCUUUUCUAACUUGGGAUCCUUGCUUCUUACUUUCUUUUCCAUUUAUGUUUUUUUUCCCCACUUUUGCUUUUUAAUGACAAAAUAAAGUUCUUAAGGGGAAUAAAUAUUCGUGCUCUUAUGUGUUGGUCUAGAUCCAUUUGUGUUUUUUUUUUCUUUUUCACUUUUGUUUUUCACUGACAAAAUAAGGUUCUUAAAUGAAUAAAUAUCCUGCUUUUAUGUGUUGGUCUAGACCAGAGGUCUUCAAACUUGGCAGCUUUAAGACUUAUGGACUAACUCCCAGAAGUCUUAAAGCUGCCAAGUUUGAAGAUCUCUGGUCUAGAAGAUGCAAUUUUUUCAUGUAGUAUAUUCUCCACCUGGGAAAAAUAUUUCAGCUGGAAUUGCAAGGAAAAGUACAAGUCAGAUUUGAACCACAGGGCAUGAAGAAUCCCCCGUCAUGAAUUUCAGGGUUAGUUGGGCUGGUGAAAGGAAAGUAUGCAACAGAAAUAAAUUGUUUUUCAAAUAUGUUUCUGUAAGUUGCUUAGAUCUAAGAUAUGCUACCACCUUGUGGUUGAUUGUAAUGCUAGCUUCCUCUUGUGCUUGUCUCCCAACCACAAGUUGCAAGAUCAUACUAUAAAUGCACUUCAACUUUUGUAUGAGUAGAACAGACAAAAUUAGAAUGUUUGAGGAAAAUAAAAUCUAAGUCCCUCUGUGAAUGCUAAUAGUUUAGCUCUGUGGAUGAAGCAGCAGUUCAGCUUGUACUUCUAUUGAAUACAUUUAUAUUCACAGAAAUGAACAUCACUGUGCAUUUUGAGAUCUGAAUUAUUGAAGAGUAAAUGACAGUUAACUUACACUGUGUAAGUUAUUUGCUGAUGCAAUGAAAUUGUGUUCAGGAAUGCCCAAAAGAGAGGUUGGAUCCCACUGAUAAUGUUUAGAUAUUUUGUGAUAGAUUGACAGAGAGCCAAUGCUGACGUAGUAGUUAAGGCAUUGGGUUAGAAACUGGGAGACUGUACAUUGUAGUCCAGCCUUGGGUACAAACCUUGAGCUGGUCACUUUCUUUCAGCUCUAGGAAGGAGGUAAUGGCAAACCACUUCUGGAAAACCUAGCCAAGAAAUCUGCAAGGAUUUGUCCAGGCAGGGACAAAUGUAUUCAGGAGAGUUUGUGUUCCUUAACUUAUAAAUUAAGUUAUAACUCAUGGCAUGGAACAGGGCUAUUUGCAGAACCCCCUUUCCCUGGUUGUUUCUACCCUUCCUUUAGGAUCUGAAAGUCAAAGCAUGCUCUGAGUCCUCUCAGUUCAACAAGGCCAUCAAAUGGGGUGCAGGAAGCAGGUCAUUUUGACACAGCACCUGCCCUUUGAACUCCAUAUCCCCCACCCCACCCUGUGCCAAGAUUAGAUUGGCUCCAACCAGUGGUGGGUUGCUACCGGUUCUCAGAGGGAAGCGGAGCGGAGAUGUUGCAGUGAUAGUGAACCGGUUUGCUCCAACCAUCAUCUGGGCCCGCCCGCCUGCCCCUGCGCUAUACCUACCUUUAUUCCUCUGUUUUUAGCCCAGCUGACCGGCGCAGCAGAGCUGAUUGCAAUGCCUCAGCUGUUCAGCCAGUCAGUGCGCAAAGCACAUGCACGAAGCAAACUGGUGAUAACACCGGUUAGAACCCACCACUGGCUCCAACCCUGCCAGCCUUUCACAAAGCACUGAACACCUGAAUGUGCUCCAAGGCAGGGCAGAAAUGUUUGAUGGCCUGUGAAAUCAGGUGUUAUUGUGUUGUUAAGUGCUUAUAAGGUUGACUCUUGGUCACCACUGUAGAGGUUUCUCAUGUUUUGUUGAUACUGGGGUGAUUUUUUUGUAUUGUUUUAAUGUAUUAUUAUUAUCCAGCAUCCCAUCUGCGAGAAGGGCAUAUACAUUGAUUUAAUAAAUGCAUUAAUGAA